AAACUCUUGUGCUCUUUCCCCUCCGUUAGAUUCCGUUAAGAAAUCAAUGUCGGAUGACAUGGCUGACCGAAAACGCAAACUGGAAGAAACAACCGUGUUGAACAGCUUACACGAAGAAGAAGAAGAAAAAGCAGAGUAUGAAGAGGAAGAGUUGCAUGAGCUUCUGGUCCCUGACGUAUCCCUACUUCCUCCCACACCUCCCUCUGCUGUUGAAACCAACUUUGUCUCUUACUUUGCUCCAGAUUUUAUGAAGCCAGGAAACGACCAGUACGUUUAUCGCCAUGCCAAUGGAUUGUGUGUUGUUGGCUUGGCUUCGACUCACCUGGCAUUUAAGGAUAAAGGUGGGAUCACGGCGGUUGAUUUUAAUGUCGGCAAAUCCGAUCGCAGUGGCAUGAAGGUCACCGGAAAGAGAAAGAGGAAUGCACAACAUUUCGAGUCCAAUACAGCUUUGUGCAAGGUUUGCACCGGUGAUGAUUCCUAUGUUGUGAGGUGUUGUGUUAAAGGCUCUCUUUUGGAAGUGAAUGACAGAUUAAUUAAGCAGCCAGAACUGCUUAAUUCGUCGGCAGAUAGAGAAGGAUACAUAGCAAUUAUUAUGCCAAAGCCAGCAGACUGGCUCAAGGUCAAAACUUCCUUAUUGAGCCUUGAAGAAUUCAAGAAAUUGAGAGAACUUUGCUGAAUUUUUAGUAGGAACGGAUUUAUUAGUUGAUCUUGCAGCAAACAGGAAAUCAGUGGAAGCCAACUCCCUCACUGAAUUCAUGCAAAAGGAAUCCCGUUGUCACCAGUUUGUCUGAUGGUUUCACCGAGUUAAGUUCAUCACUAUGAUGACGCUCUAACAUUAUUUAAUCUCCAUGGGGGAGGGGUGAACUAUGUAACAUUGCUCACAUUUUUGUAUUUCUUGAGCGAAAUAAUUUUAAUGACAAUUAA